AAUGUUCAGUACUCACUCGAAAGAACUCUGCGUCUCGAAUUCAUGGAGACCCUUUCGUCUCCGAUUCUCUACUCGCUCCGAGUCUCCGGCAUAAUCAACGACCAUAACAAGUGCUACGAGGUUCCCUCAAACCAUCUCCAUUUUCUCCCUUCAUUUUCCCUCACUUCCCCGAGAAACUCCAAUUUUCGCGGCAAAAGUUUGCAGUUCAAUCGGUUCACCGCCUCGAGCUCAUCGUCCAGCCCGUCUGACCAGAACCCAUCUCAAGAACUUGCUGUUAUUCUUGAAGUUGAAGGGGUUUUGAUGGAUGUCUACCGCAUGGGCAAUCGCCAAGCCUUCAAUGUAGCAUUUAAGAAGCUUGGAUUGGACUGUGCGAAUUGGCCUGAACCUGUAUAUCUAGACCUUGUAAGGAAGGGUGCUGGUGAUGAGGAAAGGAUGUUGAUCUUAUUUUUUAACAGGAUUGGUUGGCCUACUUCACUGCCCACAAGUGAGAAGGCAACAUUUAUCAAAAGUUUACUGAAAGAAAAGAAAAAUGCAUUGGAUGAUUUUGUGCUGUCAAAAACUCUACCUCUGAGACCUGGUGUUGAGGAUUUUAUUGAUGAUGCACAUAAAGAAGGGAUACCUGUGGUCAUACUGACAGCCUACGCUUCUAGUGGGGAUAAAGUAGCAAGAUCCAUUAUUGAGAAACUAGGCAAUGAUAGAAUAUCAAAGAUAAAGAUUGUUGGGAAUGAGGAGGUUGAGCAGAGUUUUUACGGCCAACUUGUACUUGGUAAAGGAGUCUCUUCUAGUUUGGAUGAGCAACUAGCUAAGGAAGCUAGAAAAGCUGCUGCUGCUGAGAAACAAAGAAUUGCAGAGCAAGUGGCAUCCAUGCUAAAGUUGAGUGUUGAAAUUGAUACAAGCUCAACAGACAUCUUACUGAAGAUUGUUGCCACAUUACGAGCAGCAGCGGAAUAUGCAGAAUUAUCUGUCUACAAUUGCGUGCUUAUUACCGGAAGCCAAUCUGGAGUUGCUGCAGCUGAGCGAAUAGGCAUGCCAUGUGUUGUUGUUAGGAGCAGUGGUGGGACGGGGAUGCUGUAUUCCGUUUUCUCAUGAUUCAAUUCUGCCAGAGAUGUUCCCAACAGGCGAGGGUUUCAUAUUUGCAGUAAACCAGUCGACAUAAGAUGAAACAAGACCUAAUCCUUUGCCGUUUGUAUUUUCAGACUUGGAAUUGUAAUUUUUAUCGCUCUUAUAAUUACAAUAUCCACGAUUCCACGUAUCUUUUAGGGAUUAGAAGGACCCAAUAAUGCUUAAGACACACACUAGUACUGGGCCUUCACAUCCAAGUAACAUAGAUUAUGAAAAGAAGUGUAUUAUAAGCACAUUAAGAAGGGCCAAAAAAAAAAAAAAAAAAGCUCCAAUUGAAACUAAGGAUCGAUUAGAAUUGAGCUAUGUAAGUAUGGACAUUGACACAAAACAAUGCAAAAAUCUCAAUGUGGUCAAUCCUAAAAAAAAUGGGAUAUGGUCACGGUGAGGCUAUGUUACAUGGAUUCAAGUAUAUGUGUCAAGUGUGGGUAACAUGUCUUAAAUGUCAGUUUAUUAAAUCCCAAAACCCAAGGAUACAAAGAGUCA